AUGCGCGCAGCCCUCCUCAUCCUCGCCGCCACGGCCGCCUUUGCGACUCCCAACCCCGUCGAGCGCCGCGACCCCGCCCCAUCAGACGUGACCCAGAACUUCAAGGGCGGUAGUGGUGGUGGUGGUGGUGGUGGCAGCUCGGGAAGCAGCGACUCCGGCGGCGGCGGUGUCUCCGUCCACGUUCCCGGGGGCAGUGGCGCUGGUGCGCUAGCCCCGGCCGUCGGCGCCGCGGCUGUGGUCGCGGCCGUUGUUGCCAUGGUCUAA